AUGGUCACCAUGCUUCCUCUGAAGUUUUUCGCUGCAGUUUGUUUUUCCCUCACCAUGGUUGUUGAGACUGUUUCUCUGAGAUGCCAGCACCAAUUCAGGUGCGGGAAAAUCCUCAUUAAAGUCAGAUACCCUCUUGGAGUAGAGGGCGAUCCUCGAGGCUGUGGUGACCCUGAUGUUCGACUGUCUUGCGAGCGCAAUCGUACUGUUUUGUACUUAGGACCCAACUCCCAUAAAUAUUAUGUAGCUGAGGAAAGCAUCCACGGCAAACAUGAAAGCCCCUUAUAUUCGAUUCGCGUAAUCGAUCCUGAGCUGCAGAAGAACAACUGCUCCACCAUUCCACUUUACUCAAAUGUUUAUCCUUAUUUUUAUCAUAGUUAUUUAGGCCCGCAUUAUGCUGAUAAUCAAGUGCUAUUUGUGAUGGUGACUUGCAAGAAACCAGUUGUAGCUCCUCUAUACGUCGGCACUGCUCCUUGUGUAACUGCCAAAGAAUUGGAAAGCAAUUAUAGUUAUGUUGUAGUUGGCAAAAGAGCUAGUGAUCUGGUGGCAUCUGAUAUUGAGGAGACGUGUACCAUACACAAAGUCAUGUAUUCACGAUUUCAGCACUUUCUUAUUGAUAGCACAAGGAAUAUUUCCUUCAAGGACAUCCAUGACGCCAUGGCAUCUGGUUUUGAGCUUGAAUAUGGGAGAUAUUUCGACAUGUGUAAGAGAUCAAUUCCCAUUUCUCAUAUUAUCUCACAUGAUCGUCUAACAUUUCACAACCUCCAUGUAAACGUCCUGUAG